AUGAGUACGUCACAAACAUCAGCUACAAAAGGUGAUUAUACUCAUAAGCGUUUAUGGCGUAUAAAGCCUGAAGAAGAGUACAUUUGGUCUAUGAGAUUCUACAGGAAUACUGAGAAAUUAGAAAAAGGGAAAUCCGAAUCAGACAGUAUUAAACUAAGUCGAGCCGAGAAGCUCGAAAAGCAGAUAAAAAUAUUCGCAUCUUUUUUACCAGAUGAGGCGCUCAUCGAUAUUGAUGAUUAUUCACCUAGAGAAAUAGAAUGCUGCCUUCUAUACGCAAAAAUUACUGGAAUGCACUGCCUUGUAGACAGACACCAUAAAAUGAAGGCAGAUUACAAAAUCAAGCUCACCAAUCAGUUGAAUUCAUUUUUUGGCGCCUUGGUCCAGGAAAUCCUUUCAAACGGAGGAGAUAUUAUCAAAUUUUCUCCCACUGCCCUUGUUGUGAUUUGGAAAUGCACAAGAGGCAGUUAUAUUACACAGAACGUCCAUAUGGCAAUAGAUUGUGCAUUGGUUAUAAAAAAACAUUAUGGAAAAUUUAUAUUGGAAACCGGGGAAAAACUUCGAGUUGAUUUUGCAAUCACGGCUGGCCCCAUAUACUUUAGCUUCAUAGGAAGUAAAGAAUUCACAAAAUUCAUCUUAUUCGGAACUGUUUACGAAGAAGUGAGGAAGACCAGGAAGGCUUCAUCAGUGAACAAUAUCAUUUUAUCGCCAAGUGCUAUGCAAUUCAUUCAUUCUUUCGAGUAUAUUUUAGAACCGCUGGACGAUGGUCAAUAUCAUCAGGUUAUUGGUUUGACCAAGCUUUGGAAACAAGUUCGAAGAAAUGAGUAUCAUGAUAAUUCUACGCACUAUUUGGAGAUGGUUAAUCCAAGUUUCAUAACCCUUAAUACUGUGAAUACAAGUAUGAGCAGACAAGAGAGUGCUAAUAACGAUUUUUGCCUGAGACCCUCAGUCCAAGAAGUUAUGGAAAACGGCGAAAUGUUCUUGAAGGAAGUCGGAAAGUUCUUCCAGGAAGGAAUACGAGAUGCGUUGUUAGCUGAUGAACCAAUUGAAAAUAUGUUGGAAUUGCGAGAUGUCACUGUAGUGACCAUAAUGGUUGCUACUUCCAUCGCGAAGUACAUGAAAAAGUGGAAAGCAACUGAUGAGAUAUUGAGAACUGUUCAUAGGUGUGGAAAGCAAUAUAAGGGAUAUGUAAACUAUGUAUCAAUUUUGGAAAACGUCACCAUGUUCAAUGUUACAUUUGGAUUGAAAGGUGCCGCUCACGUUAUGCAACAUCGCUCUGCUUUGAAGUGUUCCUUUGAAAUAAUGAAUGUACUGAGAGAUUUCCAAAAAGUAACUGCCGUUACUGUUGGAAUAAGCACAGGCAGAGCGUACUUCACAGUUAUUGGUCACAGUCUUCGUCAAGAUUUGACUCUCUUUGGUAAAACGGUUUUAGAAGCAACAGCAUUAUCUCUGGCUUAUAGCGACAAGAUAGUCUGCGAUCAGGAUACUUUCAUACACAGCAAAAUGAAGCACACUUGUUUCGCUCUACUGAAAGAAAAAAUUGAGGACGCUGAAAAUCUUCCGGAGGGAUUGAUUUACGAAUUGAUAUCCGAUGAUUUGGACCUUUCAGAAGAUCCUCCGAUAUACGAUCAACCUACCCUUGGCCGAGAGAAGGAAAUAACAACUUGCGAAAAUCUCUACAAAAAAUUCAUCAAAAAGAGGGAAAGCAAGGAGAAUUUACAGAAUGCUAUAAAUGCAGUUUAUAUAAGGGGAUAUCCAAAAGAAGGAAAAACUAGGCUACUGCACGAAUUGAUUGUGAGAACGCCCAGUAACCUACCGGUUCAUUUUAUAACGAUGCACAGUGGCGAGGAGGAUAUUCCCUUUCACUUCAUACGGAGAUUUUUCUCGAUAACGUUCAGUUCUAAUCUGAAUACUUCAACAGUACAAGAAAGACAGAUUGAAUUGUACAAACGGCUUAGUGAUAUGUCACAAAAUAAUAUGCUAUGGUCGAUGAACAGAGUCUUCAACGUGAAUUUUCCAGAAACAGGAGAAUACUGGACUUUUACAUCUGAAGAAAAAUUACAGAUCACUCUCCAUGUGUUGCAGCAUUUAUGCUUCAAGAUGUUUCCUGUGUUUUGGCUGAUAUUGGUGGAUGACGCAGAUUAUAUCGAUGACGAUUCCUUGGGAGUCUUGGAGCCUCUCCUGCAGACGAAAACUUUUUUUCUGAUCUUAACUAAAAACAGGGAUUAUGCUCUCCAUGGUUCCAGGACAUCUACUUUCGCGAAAAGUCCUUGUGUCAAAAGGAUGAAGUUAGAAACCUUGUGCCCCAAUUACGUCAGUGGACUCAUCUGUCAACACUUCAGAGUUUUUGCCAUACCCGAGGAUUUGGAAUAUCUCCUUCAGAAGAAGAGUAAUGGUAACAUUGGCUUCAUGAAGAAUUUGCUCACGAACUUACAGCAAAGAGAUUUCUUCAAACUGUCGGAAAGUUCUUAUGUAGAUAUAGUGAAAGAACAUCUCAUCGCUCCUUCAUUGAAUUUGAUAGUACAUAUAACGGAGUGCGAGAAGGAAAAUCUACUAACUUUUAUUGCGAAAAAAGGAGAGUAUGAUAAUAAUGAAUUCAAACGUAUACUGUGGUAUCUAUUCGUGGAAAAUUUUCAGAACGAAAAAUUCUAUUUCAUGCGGGAAAAAAUAUAUGGGAUAAUUCUCAAGAUGGAGAAGAUCCAAAUCUGCCUCUUAAAAAAAGAAUUGGACAUGAACAGCACACCUGAAGAGUUAACAAUGAAUAUUCAUAUCACCCAACUGUUCGAGAUGCUGACUUAUCAAGAACAGAUGAUUCUGAAAUCUUGUUCAACCCUUGGAGAUACAUUUCCGCGGAAAUUGCUCGAACAUGUUUUGACGUUGGACUACUAUAGCCUUCUCGCGCCAGCUGUGAAAUCAUUUUUCGAAGCCGGUAUCCUUUGCUGUGGACAAGGUGAUUUUUCAGAUGGGGCUCAAUAUGUAGUGUGCCGAGAAAAAUGUGUUGAUCCACGUUUCAAUGAUGUUCUGUCUUGUAGAUGCAAAGGAAUUUAUAUUUCAGAUCGUUCUCGAACUCUACCAGAUUAUGCCUAUUGUGGUCUCCUGCGUUUUCGGAAUUCACGUUUCAGAGAAAAUAUCUACGAGUUACUGAGAGGAAAUCAAAAGAUUGAUAUUCAUGCCAAAGUUAUGAUUUUCGUCCAUGAAGAAACAAAGAGAUGUAGAUCAUGUGGAAGAGAUUCGUUCUCUUGGGAUAUUAAUACAAAGCGUCUUGACGAUUAUGAAGAAGCGAAGAAACGAAAGUCGAAGAAGGAGAGGAGUUCACGUAUAUUAUCAAAAAAGAUGGAUAUCGAAAUGGACCCCGUUCAGACCACAAUGCAUCAAAUAUUUUACGACGAUAUGUUGUUCUAUACAAAAUAUUCUACUUCGAGAACAACUUCGAUGGGCAGUCACAUGGAUAUCAGCUUAGACCUGUCGUUCCGCGAGCAAGAAAUUCAAGUUGGUACUUCGCAUCUUUUCACGAAGAACAGAAUAAUUGGCCCAAUGACGAUUGCAAAAUUGAGGCACAACAUAAAUUUGGUGAGGACUUUUUCUAACUCAGACUUCACCUAUUGCGAUUGUCCUCAGAUUUUGAGUUUCUACCACAAAGAAAUGAUGACACAUUGCAGAGGAGCAGGACAAAUGGUUCAAUUAUUGGAACACAUGCAGCGAUAUGCCUAUUUAUGUAUAUUGAAUAUGAAUAUUUCCGAAGCCCAACAUGUUUUGAAGCAGGCAUUCGUUUGUAUAGAAGACAUAUUUGAAUCAGAUAAACCCCCACCAAAAUGGCGGAAAAAUUUACUCGAAGCAAAAAUUUCAACCAUAUCAGCUAAGGCUUACCGAGAGCUCGGACUUCAUGCUGAAUCUGUAGACCAGUUGAAGAUUGCCAUGGAGAAAUAUGGUUUGAAGUUCGCCAAAAACAAAAUAAAACGAGCCAUUGCUUCAGCUAGAGCAAAACUUGACAAAAUGCUAACUUUUUACAUGUUCCCCGAGCUGCACACAAAAAGAUUGAGUAAGAGCAUAUGUGAAUAUUAUAACGAUAUUUCAGAAACACUGAAUAUGUAUGCAGAAGUUCUUAUGGCUGCAGGGAAAUGGAAAAUGGCAGAACUUAUAGCCCUUAAAGCUCUUUAUAGAGCACUGAACGCUCAAACGAGUUUCAUCAGGAUUUGUGAUUGCUUUUCAACUCUGAUAACCAUAGUGAUAUGCAGAAGAAAACGUUCAAUGAGUAUAGCGCUAGAAGUGCACGCUUUACGGUUUUGCUACAGAAAAACAAACAGAGUUGAGAGUGCUGAAUUAUCGGCAGUUUGUAAACUGUACAUGACAGUUUUUAUGGGGAAGUUGAAUAGAUCAGAAUUGGAUUACAGUAUACAUCUGGGAUAUAUCAUAGUUCGAUUGGCGGCUUCUCUCAACGAAACAGAUAAAUUGUUAGAGAUAUCCUCCAGCUUGGUGACAGUUCUUCUGGGAAAACUUUUUCUUCAAGAAGCGGCUAGUCUUCUCCUGGAACUGGAAUUCUGUUCAGAUAAUAUCGAUGAUACUUCAGGUCAGAUGUGGUUCCAUUCGCAGUCCUUGCUUUUCCACAUGGAGGUGGGAUAUUGUAUAAUUCCUUAUCAACAAUGUAUGAGUUUUCUGGAAAUACAAGCCAUUGAAAGUGUAGAUCUUAAAAAUGACGAUGGCACUAAACGUCUCACAAUAUUGAUGUGGCUUUGGUGUCUUCGAAACGAACACUGGGAAAGAGCUGCACGAUUCGCACAAUAUAUCAAAUACUGUAUGAAUAAUUUGUCACCCAUGACCGUAAGGACCGUUCUCUCCUUGCUGUACAUAUUGGAAGGAUUCAUAUUACUCAUUGUGCAGAAGUUGAAUAGUAGCAAUAUAAAAGAAGCGAGAAAAUUGAAUGAUGUGGUAACGGCACUGAUAAAGUUCAUCCAGUACGAAAGCAAAUUCAUGGAAGUUCACCGAUCAAAACUAUAUGUAUUGAAGGCAUACUAUCAUCACGUAAGGAAUCAGGGAAAAAAGGCUCGGAAAUGGCUAAAUAAGGCCGACGUUGCAGCUAAGAAGUACGGAAUCAUUUUGAUGGAAGAAUGGAUUCAGCAUACAAGAAAGGCGUGGAACAAUGAGUUGCCGAAAAAGAAGAUGGAUUUCUGGAAAGACCACUGCGAAGAAAACAAUGUUGUUUUCUAUCAGGAGUACGAUAUGAAUACAGAUGAUAUUGGAUUUUUCACAUUACCGACACCCCUAUAUAUGUAAAUGUAUUAAUUUAAUUUUUUAUGGUUGAAUUUCAUUUAAUAUAUUUUUUAUUUGUGUUA